CAGGUUGGCUGCAGUCCAACUAUCCCAACACCUUCCCCUAUUCAAGUUUGGGCUUGUGCUGCCCAUGGAUUUUCACAAGUGCCUCCAUGUGAAAGCACGCAGUGAAGUGUACCCAGGUUCUGAAAUCCAGCGUUUCCCUGUCCCUGAUGAAAAGGUGGACUGGGCAGUGCCAUGGGUAGAUUAUAAGCCAGCCGACUACACUGCCCCCUCACUGUUCAAGCGACCUCCAUGGGCGGACCCACCUUACAGUGACGAAGGAGAGCUGGACAUGCCAUUGAAGUUCAAUCAGUUGGAUGGUGGAGUGGAUAGAACAUCCCAUAUUGUUUCAUAUGAUGUGGUAAAUGGAUUCCCACGAAAUCCUUGUGGUCGCACUGGAUUGAAGGGCAGAGGACUCCUGGGAAGAUGGGGUCCUAAUCAUGCAGCGGACCCUAUUUUGACAAGGUGGAAGAGGGAGGCUGGAAAAAUGGUGAUUCACAGUCGUUCUGGGAAGCCUAUAUUGCAGUUUGUAGCAAUAUGUAGAAGAGACAACAAGGAGUGGGCAAUUCCUGGGGGUAUGGUUGACCCAGGUGAGAGAGUGUCAGUCACUCUCAGGAGAGAGUUUGGAGAAGAAGCACUGAACUCCUUAAAGUUACCAGAAGCUGAGAGACAAAAAAUGAAAUUAUUAAUCGACUCCCUGUUCCAGGCUGGAGAGCUGGUCUUCAAAGGAUAUGUUGACGACCCUCGGAACACUGAUAAUGCUUGGAUUGAGACAGUAGCUAUGAAUUUCCAUGAUGAGACAGGUGACAGUGUGGGUAAGCUGAACCUUCAAGCGGGGGAUGAUGCGGGUGCAGUAAAGUGGAUGGACAUCGACGAGCAACAGAAACUGUAUGCCAGCCACACACUGCUGCUUCACCAGGUAGCAAAGAUGAGGAACGUUCAUUGGUAACAGAAGGGGCUGGGGUGAGAGCCAGCGACAGCAGGACGAGCUAACACCACCAUUCAUGAAGUUAAAAAUUUUGAAACCCCAGUGCUGUCAGGCGAUCACUACAGUACCUGUGAUCAGGAGGCAUUGAGAGAGCAGCUUUAAUGGUGCUGUUUAAGCUGCAUCUUGGAAUGGCAUGGAGCUACUUUUUAGGCUUUGCACGUCGUUGCUUGCCGUCCUGUCAGGGGCUGCUGUACCCUCUAUACAAAGCCAUUCCAGGAACAUCAUGUGUGAAAUCAGGUAAUCAGCUUGGCAAUUGAGAGCAGGUACCAGCACUUCUCAGCUGAGUAGAUUGCAGCACUGAGAUACAGCACCGACACUUGCCAUUCUGGUAUGAAUCCGUAUUCAAACCAAGCAUUACACCUGUUAUUUCUAUCAGCACCCAAACCCCCAUCAUACAACAACCAGGCUCUGCUGAGUGGAGUAUUGCUUAGGAGGAUCAGGUGACUUUGGAGCUAUGGUUCUCAUUGCUGUCCACCACUGGGGGUUUUCUUCAUGUCAGGUCUGGGUUUGUCAUAGAAUCCCACAGAAUCACAUAAUUGUUGCGGCACAGGAUGAGGCCAUUCAGCCCAACAUGUCUGCACCAGCUCUCUGAGCAAUUCACCUAAUGCCAUUCCCUUGCCUUCUCCCUGUAACCCUGCCCAUUCUUCCUUUUCAGAUAAUAAUCCAAUUCCCUCUUGAAUGCCUCGAUUAAACCUGCCUCCACCACACUCUCAGACAGCACAUUCCCGAUCUUAACCUUCGCGUGAAAUAGUUUCUCCUCAGGUCUCCAUUUCUUCUUUGUUUUCCGUGUCUUCUCGUUUUAGAUCCUUCCACCAAUGGCAAUAGUUUCUCCCUAUCUACUCUGUCCAAACCCCUCAUGAUUAAAAAUACCUUGAUCAAAUCUCCAGUUAUGACUCCUGUUGUGGGAUCUUUUAUUUAUUCUUUCACAGGAUGUGGGCAUCACUGGCUAGGCCAGCAUUUAUUGCCCAUCCCUAAUUGCCCUUGAGAAGGUGAAGGUAAGCUGCCAUCUUGUACUGCACAGUCCAUGUGGUGUAGAUACACCCACAGUGCUGUGUGAUUUAUUACUAUAAUUAGUCAACAACUCCUUUAUCAUUCUAUCAGGAUGGGAGACGGCGAACCAGUUAGACCUUUGUAUUUUUUCAUCUACCAAUUGACAUAUCCCCCAGAUGCGCCACUCACUGUGCUGUAUGAGGGUAUUUUCAGACAUGUGCAUUUCCCAUUAUCUGUCAACAGGUGGCACUGUUGUUCCAUGUCAUGUAUUUUCCUGGACAAUAUGAGCAGUGAAUUGAAAGGAGGUCAAACGUGGAGCUGAGGCAAAGGAUAGGCAACUGAGUUUGUGCCCCGCAAUUAAACAUGAAUGUUUUAAACACCUAGAAUUUACAGUGUGUAGAUGUCUCUGCAUUAAACAGGACUGAAGGGAUAAACACUCAGCUCUGGAAUUAUUCUAGACUCCAAUCAUGUUGGCACUAGGCUGUGAAACAUAAUUUGUGAUUUUAAGCACCAUUUUCCCCCCUUAGUAUCUCUGGUCUCUUGUGUGUUGCACUGUGUAUUGGCUGAGGAGGCAGCCAUGGGCCUGCUCUUCCAAGCCUCUUGCUGUUGCUAAGGCAGAUGCUUAAAAGCUGUUCAGGGUGAGCUGGCCUCUGAUUUUUCCUGCUCCUCGUCUUUGUUUAAAAAGGAUGAGCAAUUUGGGUUUAGCCAGCCAGUGAGAAAAUAUAUGAGCUUUGAGAUUACUCCUACGCCUUGGUUAUUUUGUAAAAUAUAAGCGCCUGGCAUUCAGCAUCAGGUUGCCAAUUCUUGGCCAUAUUCCUGGAGGAAUCAUUGCAUGAUUUCCAGCCUCCAACCACCCACCCAGUUGAACAGCCUUUUUUCUUUCUCUGAUUUUUUUAUUAAGAAUAAAAAUGUUCUCGGAAAAUGAUUUUUUAAUGCCUCCGUGAAUUUCCCCCUCCCCCCCCGAAUUACUCGCAGCAGUGUCCUGGAGAUUAAUCUUUAAUUCCUCGUGAUUCUUGCAUUCCCUCAGGAGGGUUGGCAAUCAGGGCUUAGUGCCUCCCAGAGUGUGGGUACUGUAACCACUGCAUAAGGUGGAAGCUUGAGGUCCCAACAAGCUGUGCAUGACAAGUCUGCCAUGAUGUACAAGCUCUAAGGAGCUGAGACUGGUUUUAUUAUUGAUCAUCUGUAAAUGGUAGUACCUCGUAGAUUAGAUCACAUGCUGAAAUUUUGGCUGUGUCCUGCACAUCUUGGAAGUAUAUGCUUAUAUCCAUACUCAUGAAUCGGUCAUAUUCCAUACUGUAACCAGGUUAUGCAUUAAACAGCAAUUAAACAUU